CGGGCCCCAAGCUCGGCCGUUCGGCCUCUCACCAGCUGUUUUCGCGCCCGAUCUACCCCGGUCGGUACUCAGAGGUUUGAUUGAACAUGUCCUCGGAAACCACGGACAACGAUCAACAACUCCCCCAAGAUGGAUCGCCAUAUGACUCCGAGUCCACCAUCGGUCGUGGCCACUUGCAGGAUGAGGAUCCCAAGGCACUGACUCGGCUCGAAACCGCGCAGUCGGCUCUCAAGCCGCCGUCUGUGCUCUGGAAGGAAAUCAUCUUCAUUGCGGUGGUUUGCAUGGCCCAAUUUAUGACGCAGGCCGGACUAUGCAUGUCCAUCGCCCCCGCCCACAUCAUCGGCGCCAGCUUCAACACCACCAGCCCGGGCGAGCUGAGUUGGUUCGCCGCCGCCUACAGCUUGACGGUCGGAACCUUCAUCCUGGUCGCCGGCCGGCUCGGGGAUGUCUACGGCCAUCGACUCAUGUUCAUCAUCGGAUUCUCGUGGUUCGGACUGUGGUCUCUGCUGGCCGGAUUCAGCGUCUGGUCCAACAAGGUCUUCUUCGAUUGCUGCCGGGCAUUGCAGGGAAUCGGUCCCGCCAUGUUGCUCCCGAACGCGAUUGCGAUCCUCGGUCGCGCGUAUCCCCCUGGUCUGCGUAAGGAGAUGAUCUUCAGCUGUUUCGGAGCCACAGCGCCCGGCGGGUUCAUCGUUGGAGGUGUAUUCUCCUCCCUCUUUGCGCAGCUCGUGUGGUGGCCCUGGGCGUACUGGGUCAUGGGCAUGGUGUGCUUCGUUUUGGCUGCGCUGGGUAUGCUUGUGAUACCGUAUACGCACCGUCCGAAGUUCAAGGACGACAUGACGACUUGGACGCGAUUGGACCUUCUCGGUGCUCUAACCGGUAUCUCGGGUCUCGUUUUAAUCAACUUCGCCUGGAACCAGGCUGCCUUGGUGGGGUGGGCAACCCCUUACACCUACGUCCUUCUCAUCAUCGGGUUCCUUAUCUUCGGCAUCUUCGUUUUUGUCGAACGUUCAGCCCCGUGCCCGCUAAUCCCGAGAUCGGUGCUAACGGGCGAUCUGGCUUGGGUCCUCGGGUGCAUUGCGGCAGGCUGGUCCAGCUUCGGCAUCAUCAUCUACUAUUUCUACCAAUUCAUGGAGGUCAUAAAGGACGACUCGCCACUACUUGCGACUGCCAAAUGGUCCGCCGCGGCGCCCUCUGGUGCGGUCGCGGCUCUGAUCACAGGUUUCCUGCUGGGGAAAUUGCCUCCUAGUGUCAUUAUGUUCUUCGCCAUGUGCUUUUUCACCGCUGGCCAGGCGAUCUUCGCGACGGUACCCUUGCAUCAGACAUAUUGGGCGCAGGCGUUCGUCGUCAGUUUGAUUACAUCAUGGGGAAUGGAUAUGUCCUUCCCAUCCGGUACGCUGAUCCUGAGCAAUUCCAUGCACCAUCACCACCAAGGCCUUGCGGCAUCGUUGGUCACCACCACCGUGAAUUACUCCAUCUCCCUUGGACUUGGCUUCGCAGGCACUGUGGAGUCGAAUGUCAACGAUGGCGGGAGAAAUCCCCUCAAGGGGUACCGGGGGGCGCUGUAUCUGGGCAUUGGGCUUGCUGCGUUGGGACUGGUCACGUCCAUUUGCUUUAUGUCUGUUAGUUGGAGACGACAUCGCCUGGGGAAGGAAUCUUCGGCCGCGCGCUCUGCAACUGCUGCAACAACCACCAUCACGAUGCCGGACCCCGACAUCUUAGUCGACCUUUUUAAUCACAUCGCGUUUCCCCCGAAGCUUCCAGGCCGACGGGACAAGCAGCCCGCGGAUGUCGAACAUGAGCUGAUCACCCGCUUGCGCCAUGCGGUUCAAACGCUCCAAGAGUCGGUGGAUGAUGACAUAAAACCUGCGUGGCAGCUCAUCCAACGGACACUCCAUGUAAGUCGGGAGGUGAACGAGGAGGGGAUGGUAGAGAAAGAUGAUAUGUUAGAGGCAUUCAAGAAUCUGAAUUCACAAUGUGCUAUUAUCGUCAACAUCGGUGAGCAGAACGCAGCACUCCUCAUUCGAAAGGCCGAAGAAAGCGAUGAAGUCAUAUUCGAGGCCUUCGAAACGUCCACCAGUGCGGAGCAAACCCUUGCCGCUCCAGGGGCCCUCCAAUGGCAGUUUCCAGGAACGGCAGUCUCUUUGCCUUGCGAAGAGUUCCAAAACCCUGUUCUCCAACAAACCCUCGGUCAAUUUUUAGAAGAUGCCAGCAUCGAAGAACUGGACGAGUUCGCUGCGAAAACGCGCAAAGCGGGAAAAGAACUAGUUGAGAACCGAGAUACCGUUGACCCUGCCAUCAUUACAGAUUUUCUGAUCACACUACUCGGAGUGAAUGGUAGAUACAUAUACCCGCCCCUUCUAUGCAAGCGUAUCAAAGACGAUGUGUGCUGGGAUAACGCUGAGCUCCCGUGGCAGCGGAGUCCCUUUUGGUUGGUGCUUCGGGUUUGCAUCCAACGCCUACUUUACCUGCGCCUGGGUGACGCCCUAGGCCGCCUGCACUACAAGUUUCUGCUAUGCACUGUCCUCGGGCAUCUCUUGGAGGAAAUUGUUGAUCUGAAAGUCUUGGCACCCGAGCAAUGGAGUUGGUUGAACACCAAGUUGUGCCGUCGGUUGGCAAAGCUAGAAACAGAGACAGAAGCUUCAUCGCCAGCAGUAAAGGCUGCACAUAGUCGCCUAUCCCGAACGAUCGAGCCACUUUGUGAACGAUUUAUCGGAGCCACGAAGAAUGCCAUUAACCAUGAAUGGGAGGCGUUCAGAAGAGGUGUACAGCGAAGAAUACCACCUUUGCCACCCUACGCCCGUGACAAAGAUCUUAUUCUAACCCUACCCAACAGCAUCGCAUAUCUUCAGAACGUCCUGAACUCUCCUCGGAAUAAUAAUGCCAGGAGGCGAGAGGCGGAUUCGGCUGCUUUGGAAAGACCAUGGGAAAAGACGGCUGGUCAAUUUGACAGCCUAUCAAAGCAAUAUUCAUCAAUUGCGGAAAUGGAGAUGGCGAUCGAGUCGGACAAAAGCAGUGAUGGCUGCCUCGGUGUUGCUGACCGGAUCGAGGGUUACCUAAAGACCGCAGGGGACGCCCACGAUGGAGACCCGGAGCAAAUGAGUCUGUUUAUCCUGAAUGUCUUCGACCUAUGGGUACGCAUGGACAGAAAGGCCACAGCCGAAUUUCCAUUACUCGCCGAGUAUCAUCCCGGGUUCGAGCCAAAGCUACUAGAUGUGAUACUUCUCUCAAGGCCAAACGACCUCAGGCGUCUACAAAUGAUACAGACACAUCUGCAUGACCGCUGCACAAACGCGUCCAUGGGAAAUAUGUCGAUCUUUACGGAUCCGUCUCCAGGAUGCUUUGCAGAUCGCUAUCUAAAACACUCGGUUGGGAAAGGCCUCGUCAAGUUGCAAGAGCAGAUUGAAACCAGAUCUUUGGCUGCCAGAGAUGCUAAAGAGAAAGAACUCGCGAGAGUCAACCAGGAUUUCAUGUCACUGACCGAGAAGAAAGACAUGACUGAUUGUACGCAGCGGAGGAACCCUGACGGCGGGCAUGAUAUCCGAGGAUGCAGUCACUGCUAUUAUAUUCGGUGUCGUCGACGCCUACAGAUCGGUGUGCAUGAAGACUAUCUACCUGAAGAUCAUAGAAUGGCCGAAAAACGGGCUAUCGUGUUUGAAUUGGGAAUUCCCGACGCAUUUGACGCGUAUCGCAAUGUGACGUGGAUUAUCAUCAAUCGCUUCGGACCUCAGGUGAAUUCGGCUGCAGAUGAGCCCCAAAUGCUGCUCAAGGACAAUAGCCGGCUUUGGUCAUACAAAUUGCACAAGCACAAGCGUUGUCGAGGAACGUUCUCGCUAGCCUCCUGCAUAAAGUCUCACUUGGAGACACAUUACAAGUGGAAGAGCUUGCCCGCGUCGCCAAAGAAUGUUCUGCGUCCACUCGGGAUGAAAUUCGUGUACUAUGACUUUGGACGGCGACGAUGGGCCACAGACAAGCCGGACCCGCUCACCUUCGCACAUCAUUUUGCUCUUUCUUUACCUCCGAAGCUACCGUUGUCGGGCCUGUAUUCUUCGCCUAGUUUUGCCCCUGAUGGUCCGGGUCCGUCCUCGUACGAGGCCUUUGCGAAUAUGCGGGAUUGUCCUGCCACUGUUACCGUCCACGAGUUUAUGGCCAGUCAAGCCCUGAUGGCUGGCAGGCACCGUCGCUGGCUAUCCAUUCUGACGGAACUCGGGUCUUCGAAUAUCAAUCUCAGCUCGCUGGACACCAUGGUCUUGCUGCGUCAUCUUGCUCUGCAAGCUGGUCCUGGGCUACAGGAUGACCCCAUGCGCGUUGUACACACUGUCUUCAACGAUGCUAAUUUCUGUAAACGGCUUGUCACACAAAUCGAUCAACAUGUUUCCAUCAUUGCGCCCAACUGGCGCGAGACCACCUACAUGGAAACCCUGCUUACAUUGACGAUUCAGGCGUGCAAUUUAGGCGGAUUCGGAACUGCGGGAGUCAGGUAUUUACUGUUGAAGAUUCGCCGCGUCACACUCGAAUGGAUCAAUCACUUGCGGCUAGAGGCUCGAAACGCCACGGAGGUCGACGUUGCAGAAAGGGCAGCUCGUUAUUGUUUCCUCGCCGCGCUUCUUUGCAGGCGUACCUUUGCUGCAGAACAUUAUAUCAACGCUGCUUUGGAUGAGGAAAGUGCGCAGGACUUCUUUGAAGCCACUCUCACUAUGCAACAGAGCUUGGUCGUGGAUAUGAGCAAAUUCAGUGAUAUCACCCGCAGCAUGUUGGUACGUGACAUAAAAACGUCUGUUCGACUACGCCCGGUGGUGCAGGAUGCGCUCAAGAGGCGGCCUGAUAGUCUAAGAUCAGCCAUUGACAAGGUGUGGCCUAGCAGCUCCAAGAGAGAGUAUGCCUUCUGGAAGCAUCUACCACAUCCCCACGAAUAUUGGGUGACAUCAUCCGUUACGAGCGAUUCUUCCCAGACAUUGCCGCAGACUUUCCAUUUUCACCUCAUGGAGGGUCACCUUCUGGUUGAGGGUACGCCUUUAGGGAAGCUUCCCGCCGACCUUCGUGACUCGGAGAAGUUGAAGGAGUUGUUUGGAAAUCAAAGACUGAUUGCCUUUCCUUCCAAUCAACCUGGCAUGAGUUACGCAUUAACACUGGAGAAAGAGGAUCAUAAGAUCCAUUUGGGAUAUCGAGGCAAUGAUCUGGUUAUUCGAGCCUGCAAGGGCGAAAAGGUCUUGGAACAUGUCCCGCGGUCAGUGUUUGUUGAUGGCCAAAGUUUUGACCUCCCCGUUCCUUUGGUCCAGGACUGUGUGCACUGGCUGGAUCUGAGAACCGGGAUUCUUGAGGCUAGACGAACACCAGGCAUCUGGAAAGAAAGGAUUGGGAACUGGAAGAUCCACGUUCGAACUCGAAAAGCGCAGCGCAAGAAUUCCUUCCUGGUGGAUCCUCAUUCUCGGCUAGCCGCCUCAAUUACGAAGAUCUUCGAGCAUUUUGAGCGACCAUCGAUGCUGACGAUAUAUCAACCACCCGUCCAAACUCUUUCGGUUGAGCUGAAGCGAAUGAACCUCAGCUUUCAUGUGAACAUGCAGAAGCAGCUCCUUCAAUGUAAGCAGUUGGCCGCAGAGAUAGACCCAAAUCAGGAUGCUGGCACCUGGUAUGGGCUGGUGAGCAUGCUGGUGCUUCGAAAUGUCCACAAUCGCUCCCAGCGUAGUAUCAUUACCACAAUGGGAAGGAUUCAGUAUCGGCGGCACGGUACCCAUGUCCUCGUGUAUAAAGAAAACGACGGUGACUAUGGAAGGUAUCGGAUUGACGAUGUUCUGGGUCGGCUCCAGGGUCCUGCAGAACCCUUCCAGCUGUACACAAAGGCCCAACUACAUGCUUUCACCUCUUUCAUACUCCCCGAUCCACUGACCGGCCGAAGCGGAACAGAGGAGGCCCUAUCUUGUCUGGUGUCGGCUUAUUCCCAACCAUGGACGCCUCUGAAUGAAAACAUCGUGGGGCUGCUCCAGUCGAUUUCGCGUCUUACGCCAUCACGACAGUAUUAUCCAAAGCAAGCCAAACGCCAGCAGGUUGUAAAGUGGGAUCAAAGCCUCACUACACACAUACAACACGAGGGAUACCGACCCGUGAUCGAAUUGAUCCUCAGCAGGUCUCACCGGCUUUCGCUUUUCCAGCUCGAGGGGGCGCCCUCUUCUCUGGACACGGUAACCAAUGAGGCAUAUCUAAGUGAAAGAGCCCGCUGGCGGCGAUCCAUCUACGAACGGACUGAUACUUCGUGCCAGGUCCAGGCUAAAUGCUCCGACGUGACCUACCUCUCACGCGUGUCAUAUGGGCCGUCCAAGCGAGCUACCAAGGUUCGCGAAAUCGCUACCUUGCUCCGAGAGCUUCCAUCCGAAAUCCACACUACAGAUGACCUUGCGGGCCUUCUGAAGCAGUGGCCAUACAUCGGUGGUUAUCUUGGCAAGUUCACUCCGUCUGCCUUGCAUGAGACUUUAUCCGUUGAUCUUGCAGUACAUUGGGGUAGCUUGGUCCGCCUCUGUAAGGAGGGUAAGACGCAGGAUGCUUACUACCUCAUGUUCUAUCUGGGCCUGAUGGCAUACGGUGAGAAUGUGGAUAUGAGGGUGAUCAGGGUUCUGGCAGCCUUCUUUAUCCUGGAUGAUCUGAAGAAAAUAUCGUUGCCCCAAUUCCCUUCUUUCGAGAAUUUCCAGGAAGAAAAGGCUCCUGAGCUUGGCUCGAUAUUGGAAAAGGUAAAAUCUUUCAAGAUUGAGUAUGAGCAUCCCACGCAACGAAUGAGAAAAGGAAAGAAGGCCAAAGCGAGCGCUGAGAGCCUUGAAAUUGAAAUGGCGAGGAUAAGACACGACGUGGAAUUCGAGUUCGCGAGCGUGCAAUUUGCUACAUUUCUGACUCAACAAUGGCCUUGUGCUGAGCCUGCAGUAAAGGGGUUCUCAUCGGACUUCCUGGAUGUCGAGGGUGCUGUUAACGAUAUCAGGCCCGACUGGUUGCGACAGUACAAAAAUAGGCGACUUACGGACCACCUCAGUGAUGUGCAGGAAGUUCUGGAUGCCCAUAGCGCAACGAUGAACAGACUCAGGAGUCUUCCAGACCGCCGCGCGCCUAAAACCCCUUGGACUCGGUCUAAAACAUCCCCAAAUCCCACGGCCCGAUCAGCACAAGAGCUCUUCUCCAAGCCGGGGCCACAACUGGGACCAAACCCGAACUUUAUCUUGGAGCAGAGGGUGACUUCACCAGGUUUAGCUGCACACCGGGCGAAGGAGCCUUAUCGGUUUUCAGCAGGGAGGCAGGAGAGCUUCAUGCCGGGGAUCACCGAAAUUGAGCGCAUAGUGCAUGGCCUCAUCAAAUCGGACUGCUCGGUCACAUCGAGGUACGGUAGAGACCUGCAGCUGAGUAUUGAUGCGCUGAAAGAGAAAUGCCGGCAACCGGAGCAGACUCACACAGAAAGGCUCACCUUUUCCGAGGGGAUGACCAAAUUCGAUGGCCAGAUCAAGAGCGCUCGCAUUGUUGUGGACGGAUAUUACCAACAGAUCUGUAACACGCUUUCAGCUGGCGACCGGAGAUAUCGCUGGUUGCGACAGGGAGGCCUUUGGCCAUGUAUUACCCCAGUAACCAUCCUGCAGCAGCUUCGAACCACUGGGGCUGUCACAUUUGGGCCGAACAUGAAGGAGGCCCUUGUCUCCUAUGCGCUUGCCGUGGUCCGGCUACAACGGCUGGUUCGCAUGAAGGAGCUCCACGCCAAAGGCGAUCAAAGCAGACUGGACCAGGAACAGCUCCAUCCUUUCCAUGCUAUGUGGGAUUAUAUGGCAUACCCCGACUGGAUCUUACUGGAAAUCGAUGCUGAUAUUCAGAUUCGCCAGGAGCAAGUGACUGUGGCACUGGAGAUGGUCUCCCCUAGCUCCGGCUCGAAUUCCGUUCUACAAAUGAACAUGGGGCAAGGCAAAACCUCGGUCAUUAUGCCCAUGGUCGCAUCUGCACUGGCUCAUGGCGACGUUCUGGUCCGGUUGUUGGUGCCGAAGGCCCUCACGACUCAGACGGCGCAGGUUCUACGAGCCCGCCUGGGGGGCCUCGUGGGCAGGGAGCUUAUCCACAUCCCUUUCUCCCGGCGGACCCCGACAACCCCCCAGUUGAUCGGGGAAUACCGCUCGUUGCAUGAAGAGACGCUGCAGAGAUCCGGGAUUGUCUUGGGAGUUCCUGAACACGCGCUGUCUUUCAAGUUGAGUGGGCUGCAGCGAGUUUCCGACAUGAAGAUCCCUGAGGCGGUGGAGAUGAUCGCGAUCCAAGAUUGGAUUGACCUCGUUGGCCGCGAUGUUCUCGAUGAGUGUGACUUUACGCUGUCUCCUAAGACACAACUCAUCUAUCCAAGUGGCUCGCAGCUCGUCGUGGAUGGACAUCCCGAUCGUUGGGAAGUCAUCAUGUCGGUGCUGGGGCUGGUGGCCCAGCAUCUUCACGAUCUCGCCCGAGAGCUUCCGCAAAGCAUCGACGUGGUCGAACGGGCGCUCGGCGCAUUUCCGCUCGCGUAUCUGCUACGACAAGAUGUGGAAGAGAUCCUCUGCAAGCGGGUGGUGGACGACGUCUGCUCUGGCCGAGGGUCCGUUCUUCCCAUUGAAGGAUAUGCUGAUAGCGAGCUCCAAACACUCCGGCAGUUCAUCUCCCAGGAGACCGUGCAUGCCGGGGACAUUGAACACAUCGAUGCCAUGUUCCAUGACGUGCCUCGGGCCCAUAAAAGAGCCUACCUCCUACGGGGAUUACUGGUGCAUCGGAUUCUCCUGCUGUGCCUCAAGAAACGGUGGAAUGUGCAGUACGGGCUCCAUCCGAACCGCGACCCCGUGGCGGUUCCUUUCCAUGCGAAGGGCGUUCCAUCAGACCACGCAGAAUGGGGCCACCCCGAUGUGGCGAUUCUGUUCACCUGUCUGGCCUUCUACCACGAGGGAUUGAACCAAGCGCAAACCCGUCAAUGCCUAAAGGCCGUCCUCAAAUCAGAUGAUCCGGCGACAGAGUACGACCGAUGGACACACGCCUCAGCAACGCUUCCGGAAGGCCUCCGGCACUGGAAUCUCAUCAAUGUGGAUGAUCAAGGCCAGGUUGCGGAGAUCUGGCGUCACUUACGCUUCUCAACCAAUGUCGUUAAUUACUUCCUGAAGAACUUCGUCUUCCCGGUCCACGCCAAACAAUUUGCCGUCAAAUUGCAGACAUCUGGAUGGGACGUCCCUUUCUUUAGGACUUCUUCUGUGGUUUGCCAGAGCCCAAGAUCUAGUCGCGCCGGACUCACGACUGGAUUCAGCGGGACAAAUGACAACCGCAGACUGCUGCCUCUGACCAUUGAGCAGCAUGACCUGCCGGACUUGUUGCACACCAAUGCUGAAGUCCUCACGUACCUGCUUCAGAACCGAAAUCGGGGAUACAGACCCGCCGUCAUCAAUGAUAGGCGCCUAUCUGAAGCAGAACUCCUGGACAAUUUAACAAAGAGCGGAAUCCGUGUUCUCAUUGAUGCGGGCGCUUUUAUCCUCGAGAUGGACAAUCGGACCCUCGUGAAGACGUGGCUGGAGAAGGAUUCUCGAGCCCAGGCAGCCGUAUACUUCGGGGGUGAUAAUAAAGCCUGGGUCCAGUACCAAACUGGGCGAAGCUUGCCACUUAUUGCCACUCCCUUUGCUGAUAACCUCAAAGAUUGUCUUAUCUACCUCGAUGAGGCCCAUACAAGAGGGACCGACCUGAAACUUCCCGCCGACGCGAAGGGGGCCCUAACAUUGGGGCUGAACCAGACCAAGGAUCAUACUGUUCAGGCGGCCAUGAGACUCCGUCAGCUGGGGACAACCCAAUCAGUCAUUUUCAUCGCACCGCCCGAGGUACAUCGGAGUAUCCUAGAUGUCUGCCAGAAAAGGCAGACUGAUAGAGUGGAUUCUUCAGAUGUUGUCCAAUGGCUCCUCCACCAGACAUGUGUGAGCAAUAGAGAGUUAGAAUCACUCUUUCACGCCCAAGGCGUUGACUUUUGUCGUCGCACCCAAGCGGCAACAGACCAUCCCGACUUUCUGCACGACCAGCACGACCAGGUUAGCUAUAUGGACUCUCUCAAGCAGCCUGAGCAGCGAACCCUGGAACAGCUGUACAGACCCCGGGUUGUAGAUAUCGCCGGCGGAGAGUCUAUACCGGAUGCAGACGCAGACUCGAUACUACUCAGAGGAAAGGUUUCCAGAUUUAUGGAGGAACUCCAGCAUAGGCGCGGGCGGUCGAAUGUCAUUCAGAAAUCGAUUACCAGUUCGGCGUCGGAAGAGGUUGAACAAGAGCGAGAGGUUGCCUACGAGAUCGAAGAAGAGAGGGAAGUCCAGCGUCCUGGUCGACUACGGGCCUAUCGGUUUCCUGGAUUGCAUCCGACCUUAUCCAAAUUCGCAGAGACCGGUCUUUUGGAGGGCUCGGGGACCCUUCUAGCGGCAGAUGUACUUGAUGCAACCAAGAUCACGCGUGAACACGGGAUUAAAACGAUGGAUCUCCUACCUCAUUUGCACGUGUCCAUCGAGUUUACCCGGACGGUUAAGCUAAAGCAUGGGCAGGGAGGAGAUGAAUUUAUGCGCCCUGUGAAUUGGAUCCUUUGCAACACUGAAGUCGAGAAUGCAAUUGUCGUUAUCCCGGAAGAAGCCGAAUUCUUGAUUCCCAUCCUGCGCACUGCUGCCGCGCCAUCAACGCACCUUCUCACAUACGCAGCCCCGGUGACAAAGCGGAUGCUGAACUUCGAUCGUCUUGAUUAUUGUACGAUCCCUCCCCUGCCGACACCGCACCGACUGCCUUCCUGGCUUUCCUUCGAGCUCGGCAUCUUCGCCGGCCGACUCUAUUUUGGGUACGAGAAGUACAAUUAUAUCCUGAAACGACUGCAGGUGGAACCCGAGUCAAUGAGUGCCAGCAACCCUCUGUUGGGAGGAUCAGCCAACCAGAUCAGCUUCUUACAGCAAUGGUUGGCAUUCCGUCGUCAGGGCCAAGACAUCUCCCAUACACCAAUGGGUUAUGUGUGCCAAAGAAGGACGCUCCGGAUCGACCAUCCAUUCUUCUUGGAGGCCAAAGCACACAAGUCUAUCAAGCAUAUGCUGCGGCCCUUGGGACAGACUUUCACAAGCACCGAGGAGGAGUACUACGACAGUGAAGAGGAGGAAUGGUAUGAAACCAAAGAGGAUCACAUUUCUCGCCAGGAGUGGGAGAAAAACCAUGCCCACGAGGUCAAAUACGAUAGCACUGAGGAAGACAGUGGGGAAGAAGACAGUAGUGGGGAGGAUGAAAGUCAAGACAGCGAGGACAGUGAUGAGGACCAAUACUAUGUCAGCGGAGAGGAAGAAUAAUGUUGCUAAUUAGCUGGGAUGGAUAGGAUGCAUAUGUUGGG